AUUUUAAACGACUUCCGUAGACUUCCGCAGAGAACCAACAAAUUUUAUCCUAAUUGUCGCUGUCGCUGUUUAUCGCUUUCCCAGUUCAGACAUUAACCAUUAAAAGAGACAUUUCUCGUUCAAUACAAUUGUAACCGGCUAUUGUGUGUUAUUUUAUCGUGAUAUUAAUUAUAUAUAUUAAUUAACUAAUAACUAAUAUUAUUAUAUUUUUUAGUGAUUUAUUAACUUUCUGUAUAAAAUGAAUGGCACAAUGGCAAUGGCUUCUUCAAAUCAAAAUAUCUCGGAGCCACCAAUGAAGAAAGCUCGUAUAGAAGGAAAUGCGUCGGACUUCUUGGCAGGACCAAUUUAUGACCUCAAUCAAACGGGUCAAGUGGUUGCUGGCCCUGGAGCAAAAUAUCUUUCUCUUCCGGGGAUUCUCGGUGCCGGUUUGCCAAAGAUAUCAUCGGAGCAACAGGAUGCGAUCAACAGAGCCAAAAAGUACGCGAUGGAACAAAGUAUUAAGAUGGUCUUAAUGAAACAAACUUUGGCCCAUCAACAACAGCAAAUGGCUAGUCAACGGAAUCAAGUGCAGAGACAGCAGGCUCUCGCCCUCAUGUGCAGGGUUUACGUGGGAAGUAUAAGUUUUGAACUUAAAGAAGACACGAUUCGUCAGGCGUUCUUGCCAUUUGGACCAAUAAAAUCAAUCAACAUGUCGUGGGAUCCAGUGACUCAAAAACACAAGGGUUUUGCGUUUGUGGAAUACGAGAUACCUGAAGCUGCCCAAUUGGCGCUUGAACAAAUGAAUGGCGUGAUGAUUGGUGGCCGUAACAUCAAGGUCGUAGGAAGACCAUCGAAUAUGCCACAAGCUCAGUCAGUUAUUGAUGAAAUAACAGAAGAAAGUAAACAUUACAACCGCAUUUACAUCGCAUCCAUUCAUCAAGAUUUAACGGAAGAUGACAUAAAGUCGGUAUUCGAAGCUUUCGGUCCCAUAACUUACUGCAAAUUAGCUCAGGGAAGUUCACCCCAUCGUCACAAGGGCUACGGUUUUAUCGAAUACGAAACGAUGCAAUCAGCGCUCGAAGCGAUUGCUUCAAUGAAUCUGUUCGAUCUUGGAGGGCAAUAUUUAAGAGUAGGAAGAGCUAUAACACCUCCUAAUGCUUUGAUGGGACCUCCAAGUGGAACAAGUAUGAUGCCAACAGCUGCAGCUGUUGCUGCUGCUGCCGCUACUGCUAAAAUUCAAGCAAUGGAUGCCGUCGCUAGUAAUGCUGUUGCUCUUGGGCUUACUAAAUUAGGAGCUUCUGCUUCGCCAAUUUUAAAUCCUGUUCUUCCUGGUAUAGUUCGACCAACUUUGUCUCCAACAGCAAUUAUGACACCUCCAACAAUUGCAACAGUAGCACCAAUAAUUCCUCCACCUGGGAUAGCUAUCCCUCAAACCUUGACCCGACCGCCAGCAAUUAUCCAACCAAUCCCUGGACAACCUGUCAUAAUUCCUCCACCAGCAGUUGUUGCUCCUACGAUUGUUGGUGCACCAGUGAUACCAGUAGCUACUGCACCAAUCGUUGACGUCACUAGACGAGCACAAGAACAAGCCCACCAAAAACAACAGGAAGAAUUGCAGAAGAAGUUACUUGAAGAAACUGAACCACAGACUUUGCAGCAGCAAGAAAAUAUGUCAAUAAAAGGCCAAAGUGCCCGACACUUAGUAAUGCAAAAAUUAAUGCGCAAAGUUGAAUCACGUGUUGUAAUACUCAGGAAUAUGGUUGCGCCUGAAGAUGUUGAUGAAACUCUUCAAGAAGAGAUCCAAGAUGAGUGUUCGAAAUUCGGAGUCGUCAAACGCGUUAUUAUUUAUAAUGAACGUCAGUCUGAGGAUGAUGAAGAUGCUGAAGUUAUUGUUAAAAUAUUUGUUGAAUUUUCUCAAAUGAGUGAAGCGGAACGGGCAAGAGAUUCAUUAAACGGCCGCUACUUUGGUGGCCGACUGGUAAAAGGCGAGCUCUAUGACCAGGCGUUAUUUGACCAUAGCGACUAUUCUGGUUAGAAUUUAUAAGGAUUAAUAUUAAUAUCUACUGUUACUCAGACAUAUACAAAAAAAAAACAAAUUAGUUUAUAAAUCCGACGAUUCAUUUUAAAAUUUACUAGACUGUGUUAAAAAAUGAAUUUAGUUCCGUAAAAAAAAUCUCGUAAUUUCUAUGAUUCUUAAAUUGAUUUGAAAUUAAGUUACAAGAUAUAACUUAUUUUUCCAUUUCUUUUCUUAAGUUAAGAAAAGUCAACUAAAUUAAUAAAAUAAAAUUACAUAAAUUAAAUGUAAUUUAGAAAAAAAUCAUAGCGAUACAUCAACUUCUAUAUAUAAAAAUCUGUAAAAAAAAUAUUAAUUAUAAUAUAUAUAUAACUUCUAUAG